AUGCCCCUUGCCGUGGUAUCGCAAUCCGCCUUCCCUUUACUCCUCGCCUCGUGCCGUUCAUGUCACGCCCCCGGCAGUACCAGCUUCGCAAAUGCCGCCAAUUACGGCAGUGCGACCCAGGCCGCCGCUCUCUGCUGCGCAUCACCCGAUCGAGCCGCCUUUUCCCGAGAACGUGAUCGGGGAGCAGCAGCUGCGCAAGCAAGCCCCGGCGCGCGCGGCUCGACGAGAGACGAAAUUUGCGAAACAGCGUGGAGCAACGACGCUCGCGACAGCGGCGGCGAUGCGAGCGACGGCGAGGCGCCUCGGCCUGGCGGAACCUCGCGGCGGGUACGGGUGAGCCCGCGACGAUCGCGGAGGGAAGAGAUCGGCCGGGCAGGGGGAAGGGCUGAGGAGGGAAGGGAGGCGGGCGGGGAAGUCAGCGGGGGAGAUGAGCCGCGUGCGCGCAGGCGACAAGGGGAGAGACGCCAGUUGACUAGCGGAAUUAGGCCGCGGGGUAAGGGGAAACGGGGGGGUCGAGGUGGCGGGAAGGAUGGGCGCGCACGGGACGCCGCGGAGUGGGCGGAAGGAGAGAGAACCAGCGCGGGUGAAAGUGGGUGGAGAGGGGAAGAGGAGCGGAGGGACGAGAGGACGUGGUCGGAUGACAAGGGGCGGUGGGGAGGCACGCGCGGAAGCGCCGGAAAGGCGGAGAGCGGGCGGAGCGACAGGGCAGGGAGGGGAAGGGGUUCCAACGGCGGAAGGCGCGGUCAGGGGAGCAGUAGGAGGCAGGCGGAUCGCAGCGCGGACGUGGGAUCGCACAUGGACACGGAGCGCCUCUGGGUUCCCCCCACUCCGCGCAACUACGAGUCGCGUUCCGGCGGGAUCCGCGCUGGGAGCAGGCGGCGCGCGGUUGGGGCGGGGCGGCCACGGAAUGUGGGAGGCUGGUUCGCUGCGGAUGGCUCUCCGUACAUUCCCGAUGACCCUGCCUUUGCUGCUGCUUUUGAUUCCGAUUCUGAGUCUGAUGCUGAUACUGGUGCUGCUGCUGCUGCUGCUGCUGCUGCUGCUGCUGCUGCUGCUGCUGCUGCUGCUGCUGCUGAUGGUGCUCCCAAUGCUGUGGCGCGAAGCUCUAGGCGUGAGGAGCGGUGGGCAGGGCCGGACGGCACCAGCAGCUGGCGCGCGCGCGAAGCGGGGGAGGCGCGCGCGCAGAGCAUGCGCGCGCCCUCCAGCAGCGCGGAGCCCGCCGGGGAGGCGGGGCUGGCGGGCACAGACGGGGGAAGAGCCUGGGGGACAUGGGCGGAGGCGGAACGGACGCAGGAGGGGAGAGACAGCGGGGCAGAGGGCGACGGACGGGGCAGGAGGGGGGAGAGGGCGGAGCGGGGGGAGGGGCGGGGAGAAAAGACGGUUCUGCAGGUGGCGCUGCUGCUGCGGCAGCAGCGGGACGCGCGGGGGCGCAUUGCCGUGCUGAGAGCGGCGGAGGCGGCGUCGUUUGGCAGCACUCGUGUAAUGUGGCUGUCACUGCUCUCCCACGUGGCCGCCCGGUCACCAUGGGCCAGAACCAAGGAGGUGUUUGAGUUUGUGAAGGGGCGAGUGUGGUUCCGCCCGCACCCCAUGUGGUAUGCCAAGAUGAUCGCACUACUCACCAAGUCUCGCCUGCGCCAGCUGCAGCGCCGCCAGGCAGACACAGGGCAGGGUGGUGCGGGGCGAAACUCACGCGUACUGCCAGGAAGUGUGUGGGUCAGAGACGGAAGGGAGCAGUUGAGAGGGGCGCGGGGGGAGGAGCGGGAGCGAGGGGGUGUGGUAGGGAUGGUAAGCGGGGUACGGAAUGGCGAGUUUCCACAAGAGGAUGGAGACGAGGGGGGUGAGGAAGAGGAGGAGCAGGCAGUUGGAAGGAGGAGACGAGGGGAGGAGGAUGGUAGAGCAGGAGGGCAGGUGAGAGGAGGAGGGGUGCGGGGCGGCGGCGGCGACGGGGAGGGUGGGGUUGCAGGGGGUGCAGGGGCGGAUGGGGUGGCGGCAGUGGUGGUGCCGGUGUGGCGGCUGGUGGACGAGAUGCAGCUAGUGGGCGUGCCCCCCUCUGCCUCUGUCUGCAACUCCCUUCUCAAAGCGCUCUGUGCUGCUGCUCUGCUGCCCGCCCCUCCCCGCGCUGCUGCUGCUGCUACUUCACGUGACGAUGAUUCUUAUGGGGAUGGGAGGUUGGCAGGGAGAGGCGGGGAUCUUAAGGGGCGUGUUGGCAAGCCGGAAAGGGGCGCGGAGGAUUCUCGGGGUGUUGGGACGGGAGAGGAUGAAGGGAGGAGAGGGAGGAGGGGCGAGAGUAAGAGGAGGGAGAAGGGGGUAGAGGGGAAUGAGAUGCUGCUUGAUGCGGCCAUGCGACUGCUGGCGUGCAUGGUGGCGGUGCAGCGCCGGGAGCAGCAGAUGCAGGAGGAGGAGAGGCGAGCAGCAGCACGCACAGCCGACACCAGCAGCAGCAGCAGCAGCAGCAGCAGCAGCAGCAGCAGAAGGGCUGUGAGAGUGGAGUUCCGGUUUCCUCUGACCGGCUACGAGAAAGGCAGGACGGGAAGAGUAGGCAAGGGCGUGCGAGGAGGAGAGAGGAGCAGCAGCAGGGGGGGCGGUGAGGAGGAGGUGCGGGUGGUGCUGGGAGAGGGGUGCGGCCCCACAGCAGUGUCGUUCAACAUUCUGCUGGACGCGCUGGGGCAGAGCAGGCGACUGGCAGGCAUGGAGCAGCUGUGGCACCAGAUGACGCUGCUCGGCAUCGCCCGCACACACGCCACAUACCUGGCCGCCAUGUCAGCAUACGCGCGCCACCGCAGCGCAUCGCGCCUGCUCUCCAUCCACCGCCAGAUGGCGACGGACGAUUCGCUGCCGCCACCAACCCGUGCGACACUCUCAGUGCUGAUAGAGUGUCUGGGAGCGGUGGGCGCGGUGGGGAGGAUGGAGGGCGCAUUCGAAGCCAUGCAGGAGCGCGGAUGGGUGGUCUCAACGAACGGCAUGUGGAGGAAGUUUGACGAGGUGAUGGCGGGUGGGGGCCACCCAGACACAGCCACCUUCACGCUGCUGCUCUCGCACCUCGCCCAGCGCCGCCAGCUGCACCGCAUUGAACACCUCUGGUCUCUCCUCGCCCCUCCUGCCACUGCUUCCGCUUCCGCUUCUGCUUCUGAUGGUGUACCUGCACCUGCUGCGGCUGCGGCUGCGGCUGCGGCUGCAGGUGCAGCUACUGCAGCGUCCGUGCAGCAGCAGCACUCCUCCUUUCCUCUCAAGGCCGACCCGAACCAGCAGCGGUUGCGGUGGGGGCAGGGGUUGCAGGCAGGAGAGGAGCUGUACAGAGCAGCAAUGCGGGCAUUCGGGCGGUGCAGGGCAGUGGGGCGUGUGGUGGACGUCUUUGCAGCGAUGGUCGAGGCAGGCGUUACUCCCUCUCUCGCCUCCUUCCAUGCGCUUGUCGUGCCGUGUGCGCACGCUCGCAAGAUCGGAGUCAUGGAGGCUGCUGUUGCUGCGUUCCUCUCCACUGGGCUAGUGGAGGAGAUGCGAGGGGUGGAGGUGGGGGUGAAGGUGGGCGAGGAGGAGGGUGAUGGGACGAGAGGGAGGGGUGAAGGGGGUGGGGACGGCAGGGGUGGGCGUGGCGAGGUGUGGGGACGGGGUUUGGGUGAGGGAGAGGAGAGCAGGGAUGGUGAAGAGGGAGAGGGAGAUGAAGGCAUGGUGAGGGAGAUGAUGAUGGAGGUAGCUGCAGCGUACGCGGCAGAGGGUAUGGAGGAGCAGGCAGGGCGCUUCAGAGAGCUUGCUGAGCGACUGGUGGUGGUGUCGCUGCAGGGCGGGGAGGGUGGGAAAGGGAGAAAGGGUGAGGGGAUGGAGGAUGACAGUGAAGGAGACAAUGAGGAAGAGGAGGAGGAGGAGGAGGAGGAGGAGGAGGAGGAGGAGGAGGAGGAGGAGGAGGAGGAGGAGGAGGAGGAGGAGGAGGAGGAGGAGGAGGAGGAGGAGGAGGAGGAGGAGGAGGAGGAGAGGAAGGAAGAGGAACACGACGAUGGUGACGACAACGAUGGUGUUGCUGGUGGCGGUGAUGGCCGUGAUGGUGAUGAUGAUGGUGAUGGGCCACUAGUGGGCUUCCUGGUUGUGGGGACCAAGUUGUGCGGAGCAGGGAGGAUGGAUGGGCAGCAACAGGUGAAGCAGGGUCGCUUGGAAGCCAGCUGCCUGCAGUGGCAUCAGCUUGGCCGGCUGCCUCUAAACUCCCUUCGCACGGAGAUCUGCUGUCCAGUGAAGAGAACCUGA